UCCAAGCAACGAUAGAAAAAUUGGAUUUGGAAGUUGAGCCAUGGAGCCCCUCCGCCUGGACGCCUAACCUACUCAUUUUGCAUGUGGUUCGGUAACCCGGAGUACAGUCGAUCGAAAGGAUCUUAUCUUCUUGCUGGCUCGUGUCUCUCCGAGAACCCUGUAAGAUGGCUGGAAGUGGCGGCUCGUGGAAAUAUUACCUCUGGAUUCUCACAACCAUGUGCAGAUACGCGUUACCCGCAGCCAAAUCACUGGAGUCUGUCGUGUGGAAUUCACAAAAUCAAAAGUUUGUGUCCGGGAAGGGCUUGGUGAUCUACCCGGAAAUUGGUGACAAACUGGACAUUAUCUGCCCCAAAGGGGACAUUGGGAGACCGUAUGAGUUUUAUAAACUCUACCUGGUGAAGAAAGAGCAGGCCGAGUCCUGCAGCACCAUACUGGACCCCAAUGUUCUGGUGACCUGCAACAAACCAGAGAAAGACAUCAAAUUCACCAUCAAGUUCCAGGAGUUCAGUCCAAACUACAUGGGACUUGAAUUCAAACGCUUCACAAACUAUUACAUCACCUCAACUUCUAAUGGAACACAGGAAGGGUUGGAAAACAGAGAAGGUGGAGUUUGUAGCACGAGAUCUAUGAAGAUCAUCAUGAAAGUGGGCCAAGAUCCAAAUGCACCAGAUCCAGAUUUAACGGACCUCCCAGACCGGGACCAGGACAAUGAGAUCAAGGACCCCACAACCAGCCCUUCCCGCAAGAUAGACCGAGGCAGAGAGAGAGACAUAGAUGGGAACGGAUCCAUAAUGCCCGACAGAGACACGAGAAACCAGGAUAACAGUCCUGGUUCAGUGGAAGGCAUUUUUGGCUCUAAACCAGCUCUCUUUGCUGCCAUUGGAGCCGGCUGUGUCAUCUUCCUCCUCAUCAUCAUCAUCCUCAUCGUCUUGCUCCUCAAGCUUCGCAAAAGAACCCGCAAGCACUCGCAGCCCAGGGGCGGGACUGCCCUGUCACUCAGCACUCUGGCCACGCCCAAAGGAUCCGCCCAGGCUGGCUCAGAACCCAGUGACAUCAUCAUCCCCCUGCGGACAUCAGAGAAUAACUACUGUCCACACUAUGAAAAAGUGAGUGGUGACUAUGGGCACCCCGUCUACAUAGUGCAGGAAAUGCCACCCCAGAGCCCUGCCAAUAUCUACUACAAAGUCUGAGAGAACGAGAACGAGAGCGAAGCAACCGCAAUAAGAACCUGUUUUUGUAAGGUAUUCUGACUCUUUUUUUCAUUACCUAACCCCGUCUGCUCCGCGUGCAAGAGGAUGGAGAGGGAGAAGUGGAAAGGAGGAAUGAAAAAGACUACGUGGAUGAUAUUCCUCUCAGAUUUCCUUCCCUCCAUCCCUUUUCCGAACACUACACUGUGUGUAUGUGUGUGUGCCGGUCGCUCUCGAUGUGCGUGAAAUGGUAGAAAACCUCCCCAAGUUGCGUGGCACUCAGGCACGGACUUCACUGCUGAAGAACAGCCGACAACCAAUCACAGAAGGACACUACAGUGACAUCACAAAGCAGGAAGCUCUCAUUCGUGUGUGGUUUUUGUACCUUUACAACCCUUUGCUUAGUUUUUGCCUCUUUUUCAUCUCUCACUCCAUCAGUGUUUUGUUUUUAUCAGUAUCAAUCCAAUUCUUGCAGCUUUCACAGUCUCGCUCAAAGAAAUGUCUUAAGCACUGUUACU